AACUAUACUUUGUUAUGAAUUUGAUUUGCAUAUGUAAUAAAUAAAAUUUAACAGUAAAAAUAAAUUUACGCCAAGCGAGAUAGAUAUCAUGACUUCUCUUUUAUCGACUGAUUUAAAUUUAAUUUUCAAAAUGCAACCACCAGGGUGCAUCGUAAAAUGAAAAAGUGAAGAUUCACUUUGACUUGCAUUUUAAACUUGCUUAUAAAUAUUUAAAAGUUUAAAUUUUUUAUGUAAUGAUGUGAAAGCUAUAAUUAAUAUAAAUUGUGCGUGUUUCGCGUUGCUGAUUGAUUGUACUGAUGAGGAAAUUACUUUCUCUGCUUAACUUAGCAUUCUUGAAUACAACAACAUAUGUUAUUUAUAUUGUAUUUGUUUUCUCAACAAUGCAAUAAAUAGGACAUCAGAUACAUAAAAAUGCACACUUACGUGAAUAACAAUUUGCUUGGUGCUUCCUGAUUGAUGUAUAUUUUUAAAUAUUUUUAAAUCAAAAUGAGUAUUGCUCUAGUAUCCGAAUACCUAAAAACCUAUGAAGGAAGGGAUAAGUUUUUAAGAACAUUAUCUUAUAUGGUAAAAUUAGCUACAUUGGGUGCUUCUUCAAAGGAAAUGGAAAAUAAGUUAAAAAUAUUUGGUAGCCAAAUGAGUGAAUGUAGGGUGAUUCUAAGAUUAUUAGAUGAUAUACCAAUGAUACAUUAUGCUCUAUCAUAUGGUUGGGGAAAGGAGGAGCCAGAUUGGUUGAUCAGAUGGGCAGAACUGAUACAGAUUGCAGUGAAUGUUGUAUUUUGUCCAGUAGAACACAUUUCUUGGGCUGGCACGCGUAAAUUAAUUAAACUUGAUGCUAAAGCAUGGGAUAAUGCUACAACAUGGUUUUGGAUCAUUUCUCUACAUUUGUCACUGGUGAAGUCCCUAAGAAAACUAAAAAAGUUUAACAAUUAUAAAACACAUCUUUCUGAAACUAAUUAUGAUACAAGAAUAGCUCUAAAAACUAUAAGUAAACAAAGAUCGAAUGAGCUAUUGACCUGCAUAAGAUUGAUAUUAGAUAUAAGUUAUGCAGUAAGUUACUUACCACCUGGUAUAUUUUGGGGAGGUCAAUUAAAAACUUGGCAUGUAGGAGCACUUGGAACAGUGUCUUCUUUGAUUGGUUUGUAUCAAGCACUAAGAAAACGAUCAGAAUGUAAGAAGUAUUUUUGAUACUUAAUGUAUAAAUUAUAUAGAACAGUAUUAGAUACUACAUAUGAAUUUACAACAAAAAUCGUGAUCUUUAAUGUUAUUUCUACCUCUACUAGAAGUUUUUCCUUCUAGCAGAAAAUAAUUUGCAAUAAAUAAUACACAUAAAAAAACCCUA